UCACACUUACACUAUAUUCGUCAUACAAAACAACGGCAGAAUCUAAGUGUGAAUAAGGCAGAAAAAGUGCGAAAGCAUAGCGUGAGCGAUACGUACACCGCAGAAUCGAAGGAUUCUUACAGAUAUUUUUUUAGUGUGUGUCGAAAUUGAGUUUUGCCGUUAUAAAUGGAAGAGUUCAUCUGAACUUGAGCAACAUUCCCAGUUAGUCAUACCAACGGGGUUGAUUGAAGAAAAUUUCCCAGUUUUUUCCUCGGUUUUCAGCUAACCUAACGUUGUGCGAGUAUAUUUGCGUGUUCCAGCAGCGUAUCAAUUAAUCAACUACGUACGGUUCAAGUGUCGAUUGAUUUUAAUUUGGCCAGAUAAUUGGUUCGGUGAAAGCAUUUCUUUCCGCACAAGAUGCGAUUGUUAGUUUACUGUUUAAUCGGGCUUUUAUUCAUAUCGCAUGACGGAUAUUGCGUGCCAUCCAGAUUGUUCGAUUUGGUUGGGGAGUUGGUGGAUGCAACAAAAGGUGCUUUGGGUUCGAUACCAUCGUUGAUACCAACACCAGAAGAAUUUUUCUCUCUAAGCAAAAAUACAUUCAUUGGAUUACCCAACCAAGUGGUUUUUGCAUUUUUCAAUCAGUUUUGCAACAUGGCACUUAAUUCAAAUUCCGUGUUCGUGAAAAAAAAGUUUACACCAAAAUUGGAUGAAAUGUCGUUCAUUUUGCAUUCGAAAAGCAGCAGUAUAUCAAUCCCAUUGAUGAAACCGGACGAAAUGUGGAAACACCCGGAAUUUAAUACAAGCAAUCCACUAGUCAUUUUUGUAACGGGUUGGAAGACCAAUUUGAAGGAAGAAGCAUCACAAGCUCAAAAUGUAAUGGCCGCUGCAUAUAUGUGUCGUGGCAAUGUAAAUUUUGUGACCCUCGAUACAGCCGCCUUCAUUGAUACGCUAUACACAUGGUCGGCGUUCAAUACCCAAACGAUUGGAGAGUACCUAAGUAAAGCGGUACAGAAAUUGGUUGAAUCGUCAUUUCCACUUGAGUUCAUUCAUCUGAUGGGUCAUUCAUUAGGAGCUCAGAUUUGUGGCGCAGCGGGUCGGCAUUUUAAUCAAAACACACAGCUUUUGAUUGCUCGAAUCACUGGCUUAGACUCAGCAAACCCGUGCUUUAACAACGGAGGAGUUCUCGAAGGUCUUUUUCGCGGAGAUGCUGCUUUCGUCGAUGUGAUCCACACAAAUCCGGGUGUCUUGGGUAAGAAAGAGGCAAUUGGAGAUAUUGACUUUUUCUGUAACGGUGUUUCACCGCUGCAACCAGGCAGCUUUGAUGUAUCAUCUUCGCAUGGUCGUGCUUGGAAGUACUACGCAGAGUCCGUUUACCCAGGUAACGAGAAUAACUUUUUGGCGCGUGAGUGCACGUCAAUUACAGCUCUCAACAACAAUAAUUGUCUUGGUCCACUGAUUCCAAUGGGGUACGCUACACCCAACACAACGAAGGGAAACUAUUUUUUGAAUACCAACUCAAAAAGUCCAUAUGGUGAACACUCUCGUCGGGACCACCAACCCGUUUGUGUUUAAUUAGGACACGGUUACAUACACAUCAGCAUGGCUGCCACUUAUAGCAUAAAAUAACAGAAUUUAUUAUGUGGAAAGCUUUCGGAUCGAUAGCGCUAAUGAGUUUAACGCCUUUUGGAUUCUUAAUAAAGUGUGAUAAGACCGCUUACGGAUUAUAAA